AUGUCAUAUGACAUCCUCCCAUUCUCACUGCGCAUGCGCGCGCUCAGGGAGCACGCAGCGCGCGAUCGGCAGUACGCUGUGUCCCUCGGACACAGCGGAUCACCGAUCACAGAAAGGGCCGAAGAUGUCGGCUCGGUCAUGGGACAUCUACACUGAUCAUCAGAGCACUGAUGAUCAGUGUGGCCCCAGCAGUGCCACCUGUCAGUGCCUCGUCCCAGUGCCCAUCAAUGCCACAUAUCAGUGCCCAUCUGAGUUACCUUUCAGUGUCACCCAUCAGUGCCAGUCAGUGCCACCUAUCAAUGCCAAUCAGUGCCACCUAUCAGUGCCAUAUAUCAGUGCCAUGUAUCAGUGCUGCCAUUCAGUGCCCAGCAGUGAUGCCUAUCAG